AAAACCAGAGUGCCAAAUUUAAAGCAGGAGAAUGCAACAGUUGUACCUUGAAGAAUCUCUUGUACAGUACAACUCCUCUUCGCUGCCGUUCUCUUCCACCACCCACUGUCACACCCCUCUCCAAACAAACCAAAAAUUAAGAAAUCCAGAAUUCAAUUUAAAAGAAAAGCCAACAAAAGAUUUUCACAGUUUGAUUAUUUACUACCCUCAAUCCUUCCAGGUAGAUAAUUAGAUACAGUCUAGGUGUAUCUAUCAUCUCUUCCCCCCUGUCCAAUGGGAAGCUGAUAAAUCAAAAUCGUAUCUUUGUUUCCUCAGUAACUAGAAAAGUUUUCAAGCUCUGAGAAAAACCCACAACCCCUCUUUCCGACUUUUUCCCUCUCAUUUACUUGGUCUCCGGCGUUGAUUGGAGUUGCAAAUCUGAUGGCGCGACGACGUUUUGUUCUUUUUCUGGUUGCCCUCUCCUGCUUUGCCGGAUCGCUCAAAGCCAGCCCCGGUGAUGCUGAUCCGGUGUACCGGGGUUGUGUUGAGGAAUGUGAGAAGACUGGAUGUGUGGGGGAGAAAUGCUUUCAGCACUGUACUUUUUCCUCUGACGGUAACCCGAUUGACGGGCCAUGGUAUUUGCAGGAGCCACUUUACAUACAGUGGAAGCAGUGGGACUGCCUUAGUGACUGUCGUUACCACUGUAUGCUCUCUAGAGAAGAAGAAAAACACAAACUUGGCUAUCAGCCUGUAAAGUACCAUGGAAAGUGGCCAUUCAAACGUAUUUACGGGAUCCAGGAACCAGUUUCAGUGGCUCUCUCUGCACUUAAUCUUGCAGUACAAUUUCAUGGAUGGGUAUCUUUUUUCAUCCUGGUGCACUACAAACUGCCUUUUAGGCCAAACAAGAAGACGUAUUACGAGUACACGGGCCUGUGGAACAUAUAUGCCGUCUUUGCAAUGAAUGCCUGGUUUUGGAGUGCAGUUUUUCACAGUCGAGACGUAGAUUUGACGGAGAAGCUAGACUACUCAUCCGCGGUGGCAUUACUUGGAUUUUCCCUCAUUCUUGCAAUUAUCCGAGCUUUCAAUGUUAGGCUCGAAGCUGCUAGGGUCAUGGUCGCCGCUCCCUUAAUUGCUUUCGUCACAACCCAUAUCUUGUAUUUGAACUUCUAUCAGCUCGACUAUGGAUUGAACAUUAAAGUAUGUGUGGCGAUGGGUAUAAUCCAGAUGGUUAUAUGGGCCGUUUGGGCGGGUAUAACCCGUCACCCUGCCCGUUGGAAGCUGUGGGUGGUUGUACUUGGAGGCGGUCUUGCUAUGCUGUUAGAGAUAUACGAUUUCCCUCCGUACAAAGGACUUGUCGACGCGCAUGCACUUUGGCAUGCAACCACUAUUCCACUUACUUAUCUAUGGUGGAGUUUUGCGAGGGAUGAUAGUGAGUUCAGAACCAAUGCUCUCAUCAAGAAGACUAAGUAGUUAUGCUGUUUAUCGUGCAAAAUUAAUUCCGUUGUCGACUUGUUUCUUGAAAAUGUAUUAUCUUUCGUUUAUUUUCUUUAGAAUUUGAUCAUGUGGUGGGUUUUUCGUUCUUUUUUUUUUCUUUUUUUUUUUGCUCACAAUUGAUAGUGUUGUGGGUUUCUUUCUUGUCUGAAUAGAUUUGAUGAGGUUGAAUAGUUGUCUCAUUUUCCACUU